AUGGGCGAGAUAUGCUGCAACGUUGGUUGCAACGUCAGUGCUUUUGUUCCUUCACGUACCACUUUACUAUCGCACAGGAAAAGAAUUCACGCGAGCGGAGAACAACUCAAAAGAAAGGCACUUACAACACGUACUUUUUACAGACUUCAGUCUGCUGUAGCUACGGCAGACAAAGAAUGUACUGGAAACGUGCUUAAUAUUCUUCGCGAACGCGGCCUUCUUGAUGCUUGUACCAGUGAGGGUUCGCUAAGUGAGGCUACUCAAAAACCUGUUCGAGUAUACUGCGGUUUUGAUCCUACUGCAGACUCUCUGCACUUAGGUAAUCUUUUGGGAAUCGUUGUACUAUCAUGGUUUCAGCGCUGUGGACACACACCUGUAGUCCUUCUUGGAGGUGCAACUGGAAGUAUCGGUGAUCCCUCCGGUAAAUCGGUUGAACGACCAUUGUUGGAAACGAAAAUAAUACAGUCAAACACAUUAAAAAUUGGACAGAACCUUGAAGAAGUUCUUGGUCGUGAAAGUAAAUAUCCACCCCCUCUUGUUAUGAACAAUCUUGAUUGGUUCGCAGACAUGAGCUUUCUCGAUUUUUUGAGGAACGUUGGGAGAUAUGCAAGAGUUGGGACAAUGAUUACCCGUGAUAGUGUGAAAACACGCCUGGACAGUGAAUCUGGGAUGAGUUUCACUGAAUUUUCUUACCAGCUUCUUCAAGGAUAUGAUUUCAUGCACUUAUUUCAGAACCACGAAGUUACCGUUCAAAUAGGAGGAAGCGAUCAAUGGGGUAAUAUUGUCGCUGGUUCUGAUCUUAUCAGACGUACAGUUGCUAAGGACUCGGUGUUUGGUUUAACUUUUCCACUAUUGUUGAAAGCAGACGGAAAAAAAUUUGGAAAGAGUGAAGAUGGCGCAAUCUGGCUCUCGUCUGAGCGCUUGUCUCCUUUCAAAUUUUACCAAUAUUUAUUAAAUACAAAAGAUGAAGACGUUCUUCGGCUAAUGAAGAUGUUGACAUUCUUACCUCUCAAUGAAAUAGAAACAUACUCGAAGUUAAUGAAUAGCAAGAACUAUGUACAAAACAGUGCUCAAGUUCGACUUGCAGAGGAAGUGACAAGAUUUGUCCACGGCGAAGUUGGCUUACAGAAAGCAAUCACUGCCACAAAGGGUCUUUUACCAGGAUCAGAUACAGAAUUAGACAUUGAUGUACUUGAGUCGUUAAUUGAUGUCGUGCCGACUGCUAUAUGUGCUAGGACUGACAUUAUAGGAAUCCCUAUAGUCGAUGUAGCAGUAAAAGUUGGGCUACGGAAGAGUAAGGCUGAAGUUAGGAGAAUGAUUGAUGGUGGCGGAGUGCGGAUAAAUAACAAAAAGGUUCUAGAUGUGUCAACCUGUAUAAGCCCAGAGGAAUUGAUUGCCGGAAGAAUGCUCCUCAUUAGCAUGGGAAAAAAGAACAAGUUCCUUAUACAGGUUCAAUCGUAA